AUGGUCAAUGCAGGAGACAUGAAUGGUUCAGGCAACCUGAUGGAUUUUCUGGAUGAGCCUUUUCCCGAUGUUGGAACGUAUGAAGAUUUCCACACCAUUGACUGGCUGCGGGAGAAAUCGCGUGACACUGACCGCCACCGCAAGAUUACAAGCAAAAGUAAGGAAUCCAUAUGGGAGUUCAUCAAGAGUUUGCUGGAUGCCUGGUCAGGAUGGGUUGUAAUGCUUCUCAUAGGACUGCUGGCAGGUACAUUAGCUGGAGUGAUAGAUUUAGCUGUGGAUUGGAUGACAGACCUGAAAGAGGGUGUCUGCCUGUCUGCCUUCUGGUACAGCCAUGAGCAGUGCUGCUGGACGUCUAAUGAAACGACAUUUGAUGACAGGGACAAAUGUCCCCAGUGGCAGAAAUGGUCUGAACUUCUUGUAAACCAGUCUGAGGGUGCAAGUGCUUACAUUCUAAACUAUUUUCUGUACAUUAUGUGGGCUCUAUGUUUUGCUUUCCUGGCAGUCUCCCUGGUCAGAGUGUUUGCUCCUUAUGCCUGUGGCUCUGGAAUCCCAGAGAUAAAAACCAUCUUGAGUGGGUUCAUUAUUAGGGGCUACCUGGGAAAAUGGACACUUUUAAUCAAAACAGUCACCUUGGUUCUGGUGGUGUCUUCAGGCCUCAGCCUUGGGAAGGAGGGCCCAUUAGUCCACGUGGCCUGUUGCUGUGGAAACUUCUUCAGCAGCCUUUUCUCUAAGUACAGCAAGAAUGAAGGAAAGAGAAGAGAGGUACUUUCAGCUGCAGCCGCUGCAGGAGUUUCUGUUGCCUUUGGGGCUCCAAUUGGAGGUGUGCUUUUUAGUCUGGAAGAGGUCAGCUACUACUUUCCUCUGAAAACCCUCUGGAGGUCAUUUUUUGCUGCUCUCGUGGCUGCCUUCACACUGAGGUCCAUCAAUCCUUUUGGAAACAGCCGACUGGUCCUGUUCUAUGUGGAGUACCACACCCCCUGGUACAUGGCCGAGCUCUUCCCCUUCAUCCUGCUCGGUGUCUUCGGGGGCCUCUGGGGGACUCUCUUCAUCCGAUGCAACAUCGCCUGGUGCAGGAGGCGAAAAACCACCAGGCUUGGGAAGUACCCAGUGCUGGAGGUCAUUGUGAUAACAGCCAUCACUGCCAUCAUCGCCUACCCCAACCCCUACACCCGCAGGAGCACCAGCGAGCUCAUCUCCGAGCUCUUCAAUGACUGCGGUGCCCUGGAGUCCUCGCAGCUCUGCGACUACAUCAACGACCCGAACAUGACCCGGCCAGUGGACGACAUUCCCGACAGACCUGCUGGCCCUGGAGUCUACUCUGCCAUGUGGCAGCUGGCCUUAGCUUUGGUGUUCAAAAUUGUCAUCACCAUAUUCACUUUCGGCAUGAAGAUCCCUUCAGGCCUUUUUAUUCCUAGCAUGGCUGUUGGAGCCAUGGCUGGCAGGAUGGUUGGGAUUGGAGUGGAGCAGCUGGCAUAUCACCAUCAUGACUGGAUCAUCUUCAGGAACUGGUGCAGACCUGGGGCAGACUGUGUCACACCAGGACUUUAUGCUAUGGUGGGAGCAGCAGCUUGCUUGGGUGGUGUGACUCGAAUGACGGUCUCCCUGGUGGUGAUUAUGUUUGAGCUAACUGGAGGCCUGGAGUACAUUGUACCUCUUAUGGCUGCAGCUGUCACAAGCAAGUGGGUGGCAGAUGCCUUUGGAAAAGAAGGGAUCUAUGAAGCUCACAUUCAUCUGAAUGGCUACCCCUUCCUGGAUGUGAAGGAUGAGUUCACCCACCGAACCCUGGCAACCGACGUGAUGAGACCAAGGCGUGGCGAAGCUCCUCUGUCUGUGCUGACACAGGACAGCAUGACGGUGGAGGAUGUGGAGACACUUAUCAAAGAGACUGAUUACAAUGGGUUCCCAGUGGUGGUUUCAAAAGACUCAGAGAGACUUAUUGGAUUUGCACAGAGACGAGAGCUGAUCCUUGCAAUAAAGAAUGCAAGACAGCGUCAGGAUGGGGUGGUAAGCAACUCCAUUGUGUACUUCACUGAAGACCCCCCAGAACUGCCACCCAACAGUCCCCAUCCACUGAAACUGCGGCGUAUUCUCAACCUGAGCCCUUUCACUGUCACUGACCACACACCCAUGGAAACUGUGGUAGACAUUUUCCGAAAACUUGGACUCCGGCAGUGCCUGGUGACUCGCAGUGGGAGGCUGCUGGGUAUCAUAACUAAAAAGGAUGUAUUAAGACAUAUGGCUCAAAUGGCAAACCAGGACCCUGAAUCUAUCAUGUUUAACUAG